AUGCAUCAAAAACAUGGUUAUGAACAGGUUUAUGAACUUCGUAAAGACUGCUGCAAAGGACCCGGUGGUCCAGGAUGGCAAAACGAUACUCGCGGUCCUGCUCUUCAAGAUGCGCAUAUAUUAGCAAAUAUCCAUUCUUCAGAAGAAUGUUGUGAAGAAUGUAUUAAAGAUCCAAAUUGUAUUCAAUGGGAUUAUGGAAAAAGUCCUAUUGGAGGUGCUGUUGAUUUUAGUAAACUUCAAUGUUUUAUUUACCAUAAUAAAAGACAUGUAGAUUCACCUGAUAUUUGUGAAACAUAUGCACAACCACAACAACCUGUAACUGAUAGAGCCUAUGAAGGUGGGGUUAUUCGUUGUUUAGAUAGAGGUUGUUUAGUUCCUAAAAAAGUUCGCUACUGA